AUGGCUGCAUUUGAUGAGAUUUUUGAUUACGUUGAAAAGGAUUUAUUUUAUAAAUAUUUCAGAUUAUUUCUUGUUGUUUGUACAUAUUUAAUUUUCCGUAAAUAUUAUUCUUCAUGGGCAGCAAAGAAACAAACUCAAACUCAAUUUGCUGAAGAUGAAAGAGAAUUAGCUGAAAAAUCAGAAAGAGAAGCUAGAGAAAAGAAACAAAAUUUUGAUAAAUUAAAUGAUGAAGCUAAAGAAUUUGGUUGGGGUAAGAAAACAAGACAAAAUGUUAAAUUAACUGAAGCAUUAUUGGAAGAGUAUGCUGCUGAACAAAGACAAAGAAAACAAACUGCUUAUGAUGCACAAGAAGAUGCUGAUAUUGAAGAUUUAUUAGAAGACUAA